CCCAUGUUCUGCCGCCACUCAACUAAAAUCAAUUGUCCACUACGUAGACCGCUGCCUGCCUUUCGCCAACACGCAUAAUCUCAGCGGCCAGAUCCAGACGCGUGCCACCACACUGCUUCCUACUCUGCGAUAGCAUAUUUCCGACCCCCCAACCCCAUCCUCAUCCUUAUCCGCGCGCGGGUCUCUGCCCACCAUGAAUCCGGAGAGAGAGGCCAUGAUCAGCGGGUGGAAAUCGCCUCGCAAACCCAACGACAGAGACAUCACAGCACCGCGCCAUGACCCCGGCGCCCGCAUCUCCAAACCCCCGCGCCAGCAAGCCGCCAAGCCGAGCACCAACGGACCAGCGGCGGGGAAGUACCUGACCCAAGAUCAGCAGUCGGAGCAGUUCGUUGCCGAUGAGGAUAAGUUCGUGUUGAAGCAGGCCAAGAAGAAGGCCGACAUCCGCGUGCGCGAGCGCCGCGCUAAGCCCAUCGACUACCUCGCCUUCAACUUGCGCUUCGUCGACUCGGACCGCGACGUGUUCGACGAUGACGAGGAUGACGUCGAGAUUGACGUGCCCUCACCAGAGGCCGUGGUCGAGGGCCUCAACGGGGCGCAGCUGAAGGAGCUGGAUGAGGAUAUCAGGUCGUACCACACUCUUGAGCACAAUGCGAGGAAUAAGGAAUACUGGACAGCCCUGCUAGCUCUCUGCGGUGACCGGCGCCAGAAGCUAAAGCCCCAGGGCCCUGAAGGAAGGACCGUCACGUCGGUGGCAUCGGAUGUUGACAAGAUCCUGAGUCCGAAGACACUCGCGCAGCUCCAAGACCUCGAGACGCAGAUCAAGGCUAAGCUGCGCUCCAACGGGCCGAUCGACACGGAUUACUGGGAACAGCUGCUCAAGAACCUUCUUGUCUACAAGGCGAAAGCGAAGCUCGGGGAGAUGUGCCUGACCAUCAAGGCCGCCCGCGUCGAGCUCCUCAGGGCCCGCGACCCAGAGAAGGCCUCGGCGUUGGAUGCAUCCGGUAGCCUCCUAGAUGUAGCCCCAAGAGCCGCGUCCAGCCCAGCAAAGGCCGCUCUUAGACCCGCAGCACCAGCCGGAGCGGCUGCUGCUGCUGCUGCUGCUGCUGCUGCCCAGGACCCCAAUGCGCCUCCGCCGGGUACGGCUCGCUUUGCCUCGACUGGCAACGAGGACUUCUCGCAGGCGACCAAGGCACUCUACGACCGCGAAGUUGCCCGGGGCGUCAACGAGGGCGAAGAGAUCUUUGCUGCCGAGGAGGCAGUCCCCAGCUCUGCCAAGCCCCUCUGGGCGGACAAGUAUCGUCCGCGUAAGCCACGCUACUUCAACCGCGUCCAGAUGGGAUACGAGUGGAACAAGUACAACCAGACCCACUACGACCACGACAACCCGCCGCCCAAGGUCGUGCAAGGCUACCGUUUCAACAUCUUCUACCCGGACCUGAUUGACAAGACCAAGGCGCCCACCUUCAAGAUCAUCCGGGAACAUGGGCGCCGACGGGGCGAAUCCUUUGCCCCCGCCGGCAAGGAAGACACUUGCCUGAUUCGAUUCAUAGCCGGCCCGCCCUACGAGGACAUUGCCUUCCGGAUUGUCGACAGAGAAUGGGACUACAGCGCCAAGAAAGAGCGGGGCUUCAAGAGCAGUUUCGAUAAGGUACGUCUCAGGGUCUGUCUGCCGUUGCUGCGCCGCUCUCAAGGGUCGCGAAUCACGGGGGAGGGUGUGGUGGCCGCGGCCAGCUCGCCCGCCCCGUGGCCACUUGUUAUUCUUCUGCCUACUGGUUCCAGCCACUUGCUCCCAUCUUGCCAUCGCCGAAGCGGCGCCCGUCCUGUUUCUGUCGGAAUCUUUGGUCAUGCUCCUUACUCCUGCAGCUUGUUUGUUUCGCGAGUGCUUAUCGGAUGAUAAAUCUUUUUUCACCCCACGCAAGUGUGACUGUGGUUGCUGACUCUUUUCGACAGGGAAUUCUCCAACUGCACUUCCAGUUCAAAAAGAUCUACUACAGAAAGUAAAUCAUUCGCUGGUGAAUCACCGGGUAUCCGUGGAAUCCCUCGGCAGCAGACGAGCGCAGAAAAUUAGCGAGGAAGCU